AUGACCAUCGUGUCAACUUUGUGUACAAUCUCUGAACCCCAAAGAAUGUAUCCCAUCAUGGAGAAAGAUUCAGACGUAGAGGACGAGGACACUCUGCAACCUCCAGUGCACCUUCUGAACAUCAACAACAGCAACAAUAAUGAAGAAGAACAGAAGAAGAAAGCAAAAAAGGAAAAAAGAGAAAAGGAGAAGAAAGAAAAAAAGGAGAAAAAAGAGAAGAAAAAAAGAAAGGAGCAAAAGGAUGAGGCGAAUGAAAAAGAGAAGGAAAAACAAAAGGAAAAAGAGAAAGAAAAGGACAAAAAGGAAGUGCCUAAAGAAGUGUUUGUGAUCAACCCAGCCAGCAGCCUGUAUUACCAGUGGCUGCUUCUCAUCACUUUUCCGGUCAUGUACAACUGGACAAUGAUCAUUGCAAGAGCCUGCUUUGAGGAACUGCAGCAUAAAUACCUGAUUACAUGGUUCAUCCUCGACUAUGUGAGCGAUAUGCUGUACCUGGCUGAUAUGGCCUUCAGAGCACGAACAGGGUACCUCGAGCAAGGCUUGUUCGUCAAAGAUGAGCAACUCCUUAUCAAGCACUACAAAGACAGCGUUCAGUUCCGGCUUGAUGUCGCCUCAAUGAUCCCCACAGACGUUCUGUACUUUGUUCUGGGGCUUGACUACCCUGAAAUUCGCAUUAACAAGCUCCUCCGCAUCAACCGCAUGUUUGAGUUCUUCGACCGCUCACAGACCAUGACCAACUACCCCAACAUUUUCCGCAUCUGCACCCUGGUCAUGUACAUAAUCAUUAUCAUUCACUGGAAUGCGUGUCUCUACUUCUCCUUUUCCAAAUCGAUUGGUUUUGGAUCAGAUCCAUGGGUCUACCCUGCACUCACCGAGCCUGAGUUUGGGGACCUGUUGAGAAAGUAUUCUUUUAGCCUGUACUGGUCGACCCUAACACUGACUACUAUUGGGGAAACACCUUCGCCUGAGCUCGACUCAGAGUUUCUUUUUCAUGUUGUGGACUUUCUGGUGGGUGUUUUAAUUUUUGCUACAAUUGUGGGCAAUAUUGCCACCAUGAUUUCAAACAUGAAUGCAGCCCAAGCCCAGUUUCAAGCACGCAUCGACGACAUCAAGCAAUACAUGCAUGUACGGCACGUUAGCAAGGAUUUGGAAGAACGAGUCAUCAAGUGGUUUGAUUACCUGUGGACCAACAAGAAGGCGCAAGAUGAAAGGGAGGUACUUAGAUACCUGCCGGACAAACUAAGGGCAGAGAUUGGCAUGAAUGUGCACCUGGACACGUUAAAGAAGGUAAGGAUCUUUGCAGACUGUGAGGCUGGAUUGCUGAUUGAGCUAGUGCUUAAGUUAAGACCUCAGGUGUUCAGUCCAGGGGAUUACAUCUGCCGCAAAGGUGAUAUCGGCCGGGAGAUGUACAUCAUCAAGGACGGAAAACUGGCAGUUGUGGCAGAUGAUGGGGUCACACAAUUUUGUGUCCUGGGUGAUGGGAGCUACUUUGGUGAAAUCAGUAUCCUAAACAUCAAGGGCAGCAAAGCCGGGAACCGCAGGACUGCUAACAUUCGCAGUAUUGGAUACUCAGACCUGUUUUGCUUGUCCAAGGAUGACCUAAUGGAGGCUCUGACCGAGUACCCUGAUGCCAAAAGCAUGCUUGAAGAAAAGGGGAGGCAGAUCCUCAUGAAAGAUGGUCUACUGGAUCUGGACCCGGCCAACCUGAAGCCUGACCAGGCGGAGCUUGAAAACAGAGUAAACCGCAUAUACACCACCAUGGAGCUGAUGCAGAAUAAAGUAAAGAAACUUCUUGAAGAUUAUGAGGAAAAUGAGAAAAAUCUCGAGGAACGCAUCAUUGAAAUAGAGCGCUAUGCUGGGGAGGAGGUAAAAGAAGACAAGGAUAAGGAUGAAGAUGAAGGGAAGAAAUAG